AUGUACAGCAAGAGGGGAGUGGAGGCGAGGCACAGUUGGCGGAGGCGACAGCAGGGCAUUAGUCCACACAUGGAGGCACGGGCCCCUAACGACUCUCCUAUAUACCCCGCGGCUCUGACGCACCGACAGGUCUCCUACGGAGAAGGCGAUGGAGGCAACGGCGGUGGUCUUUUUACCCGCAAUGCGGCUGCCACCACCUCGGUCUCUGCUUACGGCGCCAACGGGGACUACUACCAGCAGCUGCAGGCCCAUGCGGCUAACACUCGCCAACUCCUCGCCGAUGGCGCUUUCAAUGCUGCAUACUCCCAAGGUGGCGGCGGUGGUGGCUCGAAUAUCCAUUCAUACGCGGGUGGUGGCGGAACAGGAUCAGGCGGGCAGCUAGAUCUCUCCGUGUCAACUGGAAGUCGAUCCUUCCAGCAGCAGCAGCAGCAGCAGCACCAACACCAGCCCUCGAAUUCUCCCUACGGUCUGGACUCUGGGGUAGCACGAUUCGGUAGCGGCGGGGGGUAUGAAGAAGGUGAUCCCGCACCACCGCACACCUACUACAACACAAAUCCGCGCUCCGGCGCGGCUCUACCUCCGCCCUUGGGCAUGUACGAGCAAAAUUAUCGCAACUGUUACCAAAAUAACGCUUCAAUGACUGCCGCGGCCGUCGCUGCAGCUGCCUACAACUACCACUACCAACAACAACAAUUGCAGCAGCAACAACAGCAGCAGGAAGCAGAUUCAUCCUAUGAUCGAGCGCCCUACGACUACGGGCGCAACCGGUACUUGUUUUGA